AUGAGAACUGAAAUUGCCUUUGAAUUCUAUUUCUUCCUACCCAAGGACAAGAUGUUUCAGCGCCUGAAAGUAAUAGUUAAGAAAGUUGCUAAAGAGAAUACGCGAUUUCUGGUGGUUGGCUUCCCGAUGGAGUUCGAAAAGUUCUCGCAAUUCAAACAGCAGAUAACAACAAAUUUGCAUAUUCUUUUCCUGGACGUCGAUUAUUCAACGGCUCAACAAAAGUAUCACGAGAACUCACAAUUACCUGCGGAAGAAAAAGCGCUUGCCGAUGCUCGCUUUCUUUCAAAACUCUCUCACUUCUACGAGGAAUCUAUGGUGCUUACUGAAGUCCUAGACUCUCAGACACAGUUGCACAAGGUGAAUGGUAAUAUGGACGACCAGGCAAUUCUGAAGGAAUUGAGCAAUUACGUAGGACAAGCGGGGAAGUAA